GGUGAAAAUUUUCGUUCAUUAAUUGAAAAGCUGCACGAUAAAUUCAAUGAUAAAGAAACAGAAAAGUCUUUAAAGAUACAAAUCUUAACCUUGUUACCUGAAAAAUGGGGUGAAAGACGUAUUUGUAAAACUAUGAAUACAUCAAGACAUUUAUCAAGAGUAGCAAAAAAGUUGGUUGAAGAAAAAGGUAUACUUUCAACACCUGAAACAAAAUUAGGGACGACAAUUACUGAUCAAAUAUUAUUGAAAAUUGCGAAUUUUUACAACGAUGAUAAGUAUAGUGCUUUGAUGCCCGGCAUGAAAGACUUUGUUUCAGUUCGAAAUGAUGAUGGUAAUCGGAUACACGUCCAAAAACGGCUUGUUCUGUCUAAUUUAAAAGAACUUUACCAAUGUUUCCGUGAAAUAAACCCUGCAGAGAAAGUUGGAUUUUCGAAAUUUGCUUCGUUACGGCCGAAACAUUGUGUGUUAGCAGGAGCAAGUGGAACGCAUACUAUCUGUGUAUGUACUAUCCAUCAAAACUUAAAGUUGAUGAUGAUUGGUACAAAUGUUCAUUCUUUAACGAGGAAUACAGAAAAGUCGUUGAAACACUAUAAUGAUUGCUUGGACAUGAUAAUAUGUGAGACUCCAACAGAAAAAUGUUAUUUGGGUGGAUGUAACAAGUGUCCAGGGGUAGAUGAGUUGAGUAACAUUUUACUGACAUGUUUUGAGAAUCAGGAAAUCGAGAAUGUCACGUACAAGCGUUGGGUAUCAAAACCAAGGAGCAGUUUAGAAACUUUUAUACAGCCUACAGAAGAAUUUAUUGAAAAUCUUUGUAGUGAAUUGAAAGUUCUUCUACCUCACUCAUUCAUUGCAAAAGAACAAGCUAAGUUUUUAAAAACAUUAAAGGAAACACUAAAACCAAAUGAAUAUGUCAUUAUUUGUGAUUUUGCAGAGAAUUAUGCGUUCGUAGUAAAAAAUGCAGCAUCUGGUUUUCACUGGAAUAAUGAUCAGGUGACAGUUUUUCCGGUAGUUAUUUAUUAUAAAGUAAAUGACAAACUUGAACACAGAAGUUUAGUGAUUAUUUCAGACUGUAAUAAUCACGAUGCUGUUGCUGUUCAUGUUUUCAUCAAAAUAAUAACUGAUUAUGUGAAAAGUCUUCCUGAACGCUGUAACAAGAUUUAUUACUUUUCUGAUGGGGCUCCUCAACAGUUUAAAAACUUUAAAAAUUUUGUUAAUUUGUACUACCAUGAAGAUGAUUUUGAUAUUCCUGCUGAAUGGCAUUUUUUUGCAACUGCCCAUGGCAAAGGUCCGUGUGAUGGAAUUGGUGGUAUCCUCAAACGACUUGCAGCAAGAGCAAGUCUCCAGCUUGCGGUAGAUAAACAAAUAACAACACCUAUAGGACUUUACGAAUGGACUUCUGAUCCGGAUAACUUGCCAAAUAUCAUAGUCAAGUUUUCUCCAGAAGAAGACUAUAAUACAGCAUUGAACGACUUGAAUGACAGAUUUACAAAAACGAAACCAAUUGUAGUAACUCAACAACUACAUUGUGUAAUCCCCGACAAAAAUGGUUGUUUGUAUGUAAAAAAAUUCUCAAACUCUAAUGAACAUAGAAUUUGUAAAAUAUUGUAACGCCAGAGAGAACAUUAAUGA